GAGAUAUGGCAGUGUCACACUUUGGCGCAGAGCUCCCAACCCCAACAGAAGAAGAAGGUUUAGAGAUCCAACUGCAAGCUCGUCUUGCGGUUUCGAUACCCAAUCUCGAGCAACGAACCAUGAAUCUAGAGGAGGACUGGCGGCUUACGCUCAUAUUGAUCGAUCCCGUGGAGCAAGAGAGGUUCUUCGCACUCUGUCAUCAAGAUCAGGAGAACAUGAUCCGUGAGGCACAACAGAAUAUGAUCGAACUUGUUACGCGCAUGGCUCAUCUGCCCCCACAUUAUCAACGUCUCCUCCGGGGCGAGCGUAUGACUCGACAGAUUCAUAUACUGGGACUUAGCCCUGAUGAACAACUUCUUUGGUUGGAAAUCCGAGAAAUGGGUUUAUUGGUGGUAUUCUUGACGGAUGCGAUGGAACAGCGGAAGAAUAAUGGCCAAUCUCAAGCACCUCAGCAGGCACCUCAAGCACCUCAGCAGGAACCUCAAGUACCUCAGCAGGCACCUCAGCCUCCACAGCAAGGACCUCAGCCCCCUGCACAGCAUCUCCAGCAGGAACAACCCCAUCCAGAUGUCAUGGAGAUCGACAUAGACGACAUCCCCAUCAUUGAGCUGCGAGCCAUGAGAGAGGGAGGUUGGGGACCCAAUGAAUACAAUCAAUGGGUCGCGGAAGGUGCGCAGGCUCGAUGGCACGCCGAAUUUGAUAGGAGGAACUUGCCGAGAAAGUGAUCCAUGUUUUCUGCAUGUGGGCGUCCUUCCAGAUCGCUGGUUGACAGUCUCCAUUUUGUUUCGGCGCUAUUUUUACUGUAAGCGUUUUGAUUUAAUGUCUUGACCUUGGGUUCUGUUUGUUUCGUCUUGUCACAUUGUCUGGUCUUUCGCGUCUCAAGUUAAAAAUCAUAAUACACUGAUUCUCCU